AAGCAGGAGCUAUGCUUGGCUUCCAGGCUCCAACAUCGUCCUCUGCCAAGAUGUGGCACCUCAGACUCUCUGCAGUGCUCAUGAUCUGCCUGCUUCUGCUGGGCCAGAUAGAUGGCUCCCCAGUACCAGAACUGAGCUCAGCAAAGAAAAGGCCACGAAGAAUGACCCCAUUUUGGAGAGGAGUGUCCCUCAGGCCCAUCGGAGCCUCCUGCCGGGAUGAUUCUGAGUGUAUCACAAGGCUAUGCAGAAAAAGACGCUGUUCCUUGAGUGUGGCCCAGGAAUGAUGCGCCUACCAGAGAAAGAGCACACAGUGGUCACCGCCAGCAAUGCUCCAUUCCGUGGAAUACUGAGUAACUACAUUUUGGCUGGAGAUACACAAGUGAAGCACUCGUGUUUUAGUAUUUAAAGACAGAUGCAUGCUUUAUACUGGCCUCCCAUUUUUUUUUUUCUUAGAAUGUUAAUAUAUAAGCAUAACUAAAUUUAUCUUUUAGAGUUUAUUUUUCUAUGAAUACCAUUAAAU